GGUCAUCCAACGGUAACAUGGCGGCGGCCGGGAGCCGCGGCUACCAGAUAUGUCUAUCAACAAGUAUUAAGCUUUUGUGCACAAAGUCUCAAGUUCCAGCGCUCAACAGAACUCAUAUUUACAGGAUAUGCAACCGUUCUUCUACGGAGCAAUGUCAGGUUCGAAGUUACACAUCAGAUGGGAGAAGGGGCUUUCUUGGUGGUUUAUUGGACAAUAUCAAACAAGAACUAGCAAAAAACAAAGAAAUGAAAGAUAGCAUUAAGAAAUUUCGAGAUGAAGCAAAAAAGUUAGAAGAAUCGGAAGCUUUACAAAGGGCACGGAAAAAAUAUAAAACCAUUGAAUCUGAAACAGUCAAAACCUCAGAAGUUUUAAAGAAAAAGCUAGAAGAGUUUUCAGAAACAGUAAAAGAGAGCCUCGAUGAAGUUGGAAAAUCUGAUAUUGGUAAAAAAAUAAGGGAAGGAGUAGAAGAAGCAGCAAAAUCAGCAAAACAGUCUGCAGAAACUGUCAGCAGGAGUGGGGAGAAAAUCGGGAAGACUACUGCUUUCAAAGCAAUAUCUCAGGGUGUUGAAUCUGUUAAGAAGGAACUAGAUGAGAGUGUCCUUGGGCAGAGUGGGACCUACCGGCCACCGUCAUUGCUGAGGAAAAGAAGCGACUUUUCAAAAGCUAAAGCCACGGAGGAAAAAGUAUUUGAAGCAAAUGAAGAAGCAAUGGGGAUGGUGCUGCAUAAAGACUCAAAAUGGUACCAGCAAUGGAAGGAAUUCAAGGAUAAUAAUAUUGUCUUUAACAGAUUCUUUGAAAUGAAAAUGAAAUAUGAUGAAAGUGAUAACACAUUUAUUCGAGCAUCACGAGCUUUAACUGACAAAGUGACCGAUUUGAUAGGGGGGCUGUUUUCUAAGACUGAAAUGUCAGAGGUGCUGACAGAGAUUCUGAAAGUCGACCCCCACUUUGAUAAAGACACAUUUUUAAAGCAAUGUGAGAGGGACAUCAUUCCCAAUGUUCUGGAGGCUAUGAUGAGAGGUGAACUCGAUGUUCUGAAGGACUGGUGUUAUGAAGCAACUUAUAGCCAGCUUGCACAACCCAUUCAACAAGCCAAGGCCAUGAACCUUCAGUUCCGAUCCAAAAUACUUGACAUUGACAAUAUCGAUCUGGCAAUGGGGAAAAUGAUGGAGCAGGGACCUGUUCUAAUUAUCACCUUCCAGGCUCAGCUAGUCAUGGUUAUCAAGAAUCACAAUGGAGAAGUGGUGGAGGGGGACCCGGAUAAAGUGUUGAAGAUGCUUUAUGUGUGGGCUCUUUGUAGAGAUCAGGAUGAGCUGAACCCUUAUGCUGCCUGGAGACUUCUGGAUAUUUCUGCAUCAAGCUCUGAGCAAAUCCUAUAAAGGAGGGACCUGGCUUUUGGGAUUUUUGCAUUCUUCCCUUGUGAACCUGUGUCUGGGUGUCCAUUGGAAAGUGAACCUACUAAGUCAGCAGAGCCUUAAGACUCUAGGUGCUAAUGUGUCAAAAGACUGCAGAGGUUUUGAUGCCAUUAUCAGUCCUAUAUAAAAAGACAAGCAAAUGAAAUAAAGCAUGGCUGCUGUCUUGUAAAUAAUUUGUAUUAAAUAAACAAUAGCACUGGUAUUUUCUACCAGCAAGAUCAGAGUAUGUUCCUUUUUUCCUGACUUUUUAUUACAUUUGCUCUAACAUUGUACUUUAAUAUUUGAUGUUAAAUUAUGGCCACAGAACAUGGCAGGAUGCUUCAAUUUGAUUCACAUUCCCUGAGCUAGGAUAUACAAAAAAAUCUGCCUAUUCUCUUCAUUGGAUUUAGAAGUUCACAUAUAUGAAUGUUGGGCUGCCAGAUUAGACACUGUGGAUGUCGCAUUCCUUGUUUCUAUGGCAACCUGUUGACACUUAUUGGUUAAGUUUACCUGCAGAACAGCCAAUGCCUGUACCUCAUUAAGAAUCAAAGGCUUUGUGAUUGGAGAACUAAAAUGGUAGAAAGAUAUAACAGGCUUGGAUUAGGUAUCUUAUUGCCAUGUUUUUAUGCACUUAAUGAUCCAAAUUCAAUAAAAAAAAGUCAAACACCAUUGAAAACUGGGGACUUGAUCUGCC